UUCGUCCCCUUCGUCGGGGGACGCUCGCGAGGUUCAAAAUAAGAGCGUGUAUAUGCUCACGUUCCCUCUCCCCUGGACCAUGUCUCCCGGCCCCAGCGUGUGUGGUUUGUGUGUUUUGCUUUUGAACUCGGAAAGCUUUAUCCUUCCUCGGCAUCCCGCAGAAACAAUCCAAACGUCGUGGAACCGUGCCAGGACCGUCAUCCCUUCCAUUGUAACGACCCAGGGAAGACGACGACAGGGCAAACAUGGCGGCGCCUCCUCCGACUUCUGCUUCCUCUCCCCCGAGAAUGCCUCCGACGGUGGAUAGACUCGUCAUCUUCCCGCUCGAGAAGCAGAUCCAGGUGUCCGUGGUGGCCGUGUCCAUCGCCUUCAUCGUCAUACCGACCAUCAUGGUCAUGAUGCGCGUCCUCGCGAAGCGCAUGGCGCACAGGGUGGUGGACGGGAGCGACUGGUGCAUCAUUGCGGCAUGCGUCUUCUCAAACGCUCUUCAGGCCGUCUCGAUUGUCAGCGUGAUCCAGUGCGGCGUCGGCCUCCACAACACCGAGAUCAUCCCCAAGUACGGCUUCGGGCCCAUCAUCAAGUUCCUCAAGGUCCUCGUCGCACAGCAGAUCCUCUGGGCCAUCAGCCUCAGCCUCUGCAAGAUCGCCAUCCUCCUGCUCUACGCGAGGAUCUUCACGACGCGCGCCAUGGUCCUGGCGGCGAGGAUUCUCGCCGGAUUCACCAUGGCAUGGACCGUUGUCACCGUCCUGAUCGCCUUCUUCAUCUGCCGCCCGCUCUCGGACAACUGGCUGCUCGACCUCAAGGGCCGCCACUGCGGCAACCAGCCGGCGGCCGACGGGACGAUGGGGGUCCUGAACAUGAUGACCGACGUCGCCGUGCUCGUCAUGCCCAUCUCGCACCUGUGGAGGCUGCGUCUCGAGAUGUACAAGAAGGUCGCCCUCAUCGUGACCUUUUCACUGGGAGUCUUCACGUGCAUCGUGUCGGCCCUGCGGCUGUACUACCUCGCCCACCUCGAGUACAUGGACGUGACCUUCAACAUCCCCCACGCCCUCAUCUUCAGCGCUCUCGAGCCCGGCGUCGGCAUCACCCUCGCCUGCAUCCCCUUCCUGCGGCCGCUGCUGGGCCGCUCGCACUACUCGCCCAAGGGCACCGCCAACUACUACACCUCGAACGGGGACUCGGCCAGGCUGGCGCGGAGCGGCAAGAGCCGGGAGAGCAGCGGGUUCGUUCUCGUGGAAGAGAACUCGUCACAGUACCAGCUCAACGACUACGAGCGCAAGAGCAGGAGCCCGACGCCAACGCAGGUGCCGGUGAUACCGAUGCCGACGGUGCCGGGGAAAGUCACGUAUAGCAGGGCCAGCAGCGCGCGGGAUAGCUAUUAGAGCAGCUACGGCAAACGUAGACACACGAAUGUUACGAGAUAUCAUGUCCUUUUUUCCCCCCUCAUCUACUUGAUGGCUUCCUGGGGUAUGAUGGACCGGUGGUGUGAGAUGCGGAUGAUGCGACACUGGUGAUGUGCAUGGAAGGGGUCUCCUCAAGGUGUAGAGCGUGACUGGCUCAGUGUUGAUGGAAAGCCACAGUGGCAUGGCCCAAGACGCUAUAACAUCGACAAAGCGAGGGAAACCUUCACUCGAUGAGCGCCGGGGGCUCCGUGACGUCCUCCGGCAAUCUGCUCCAUCGGCUGGUGUAGACCCUCCCGUCCUUGAUCACCGCCAGCACGCUCUUCUCGGGCUCGUCCAGGAUCGACACGUCCUCCAGCGGGUUCCCGUUCAGCACGACCAGGUCGGCGGCGAACCCUCCCUUGACCUGCCCGAGGAACUCCUCCUGGCGGAGCAUCCUCGCGGCGUUGACCGUCGC